AUGGAAACGUUUAAAAAUCAUGUAACACUUCAGUAUCAUAAACAAUCCGUCUUUGAUGUAGAUCAUUUCAUAGAUAUAAAAAAAAACGUACAUUUAUCCAUUGAAAAUCAAUUAGAUACUGCUCGGGCACGACAAAUUUUUGAAAAUAGAAAAAACAUUUCACCUGUUAUUGAAACAAUUAUCUUAUGCGGUCGACAAAAUAUACCUCUACGAGGUCACCGUGAUUUCGGAAAAUUAACCGUUGAUAAUAAUGAUGUUAACGACGGAAAUUUUCGUAAUUUAUUACGCUUUAGAGCUCGCGGUGAUGCUUCGCUCAAAAUACAUCUUGAAAGUUCUGGUACUAUAAAAUAUACAAGUCCUAUUAGUCAAAAUGCUAUAAUUGAUUCAUGCAAUUGUUGUGGUUGUUUUGUUUUAGAAAAGACUUAA